AUGGCAUCGGUCGGUUCUAUUAAAUCACUUACGGCAGCCGAUAAACUUCGUGAUCUUUUAUCACAAUUAGACCGUCAUGAUUCUCCUACAUCACCAAUACAUCAUUCGAGUUCAUUAAAAGCAUCAAAAGAUACACCAAAAUCAAAUGAACUCUAUAUACUUGUUCAAGCCGGUGAUGAGAUAAGUCAUCGAUUGAGAGAAGAAAAUGAAACAUUACGUGAUGAUAAUACCAAACUUCGAUCAAAUGUUGUUACUAUAAUCGAAGAAAAUAAUCGAUUACACGAAGAAAUUCGUAGUACAUUUGUUUCUGAUAUGCUUCGUUUAAUUAAUAUGGAUGAUGGACAAUCAAUGACUGAUAAAGAAUCACAAAUUGCUGAUCUUUAUACGAAAAAAAUGCGUCAUCUUGAAAUCGAACUUAAAGAUGCAAAAGAAAAAUUAAGUACAUAUGAAACCGUUUGGCAAGCACCCAAUGAUCUGAUGAAUUGUUUAAAAUGUGGAGCCCUCCUACCAUUUAAUCAACAUACAACUGAACAUAAUGACAAAUUUGCUGAUAUUAUAACUGAAAAUGAAGCUAAUAAACGAAAAUUACAACAAUUACAAAGUAAAUUUGAUGAAAGUCAACGUAAAGAAGAAGGAACAUUAGCAAAAUUACAAGAAUGUAUUCAAAUUGUUGAACAAAAUCAAUUCGAAAAAAAUGAAGCAAUUGUUGAACGUGAUCAAAUUAAAAUCGAACUUGUUGAAACACAAAAAAGAUUAAAAAAAUUCCUUGAUGAAAUGAAUGAUAAGAUUCAUAUUGAAAAACAAAAUAUUGAAAAAUUAUGUGAAGAAAAAUUAAAAGAAAAUGCUGAAAAGAUGCGACAAGCCGAAGAACGAUGUACACAAUAUGAAUUAACAGUUGAUCGAUUAGCUAGAGAAAAAACUUCGUUAGCAGCUGAUUUAGAUGCAUGGAAAAAUCGAAUUCACAGACAAGAACUCGAUUUAAGCCAGACUUCUGAUUCUGUUAAACUUGAAAUUCAAAAAGCAAUGCGUGAACGUGAUCAAGCAAAUACGAAUACGAUGCAUAUUCGAACAGAUUUUGAAAAAUUAUUAUUGCAAAGUAAUCAAGAUACACUACAACUUCGUCAUCAACUUGGUUCUACUCAAAAUCGUUUGCAUGAUAUUGAAGGUGAUUUACUUAAUUCAAAAAAACAUUGUCUUGAAUUAACAGAAGAUAUAAAUCGUUUAACUCGAGAAAAUUUAAUGCUAAAAAAUGUAAAACAAACUCUUGAACGAUCACGUGAAGAAAAUAUCGAUGCAAUAACUGUUAUAUUAAAUAAACGUGAACAAGAUUAUCAUACAAAUAUUGAAAAACUUGAUAUAGAACGUCAUCAAUCAUUAUCGUAUUUAGAAGAUCUUGUUUGUAAUCAAAAUUCUAUAUUAAAUAAAUUACGUUUACAUUCUCGACAAUUAACAAAUGAAAUUGAAACAAUACUUGAACAAAAACAUGAAAUUGUUCAAGAAAUGACUAUUGAAAAUCAAGAAUUACGUAUGAAAUUAUCAAAUGCUUAUGAACGUCUUGAACAAACUGAUACACAAUUAUUACAACAUAAUGAUACACAUAUUAAAUUAAAACAACGUCUUAUAGAAUUAAAUAAUAAAUUAAAAGAAUAUGAAAAUAUUAUCAAUAAAAUUAAAACACAAGAUUUAGUCGAUUAUCAACAACGACUUUCUUUAAUGACACAACAUAGUUAA